AUGGAGCAGCCACUGUUGAAAGGCGAUGGAGCAUCAGACGGUCCACCUGAGUCAGAAAGUCUUCCUGCCUUAGUGUGCACUUUUGAAAAUGAAGGCUGCCUUCACCUCAGGAGCACCAGUGUGCAGAUGGAUGGAGAUGUGGUGAUUGGGUGUUUCUUGUCUCUUUAUUACUAUAUCUACUAUACUGGUGUCCUUGAUAUAAAGCCUAUUACAGACUUCUAUUUCAUUCAGUUCUUGGGUGCUACAGACUCCCUGAUUCUGGUCACGCAUAAAGUUGUGACACUGCGGCUUUUAUCUCAGCAGCUGCUUUUAAGGGGCUCCCUGGUGGGAGCUCUUUGGAAUCUAACCCAUAGAAAGUAUCUCUACCUAGACUCUUCCCAAUCAGAACCACAGAAAGGGGUUACUCAGCACUGGAAUAGCAAUUUCACAAGUGGCAAUUCUGCAGACCUGGUGAUGCACAUACCCAACAUCUACCAGAACUACCUGGCCUUCACUUUUGCCAUAGAAGAGAUCAACAGGAAUCCUCAUCUUUUGCUUAACAUUACUCUGGGUUACAAGUUCCAUAAUUUCAUUUACAGUCAUUGGAGGAUGCUAGAGAAUUCCUUCAUUUUGCUCACAGGGCAACAUGAGGUCCCUAAUUACAUGUGUGGGACAGAAAGUAAGUGUGCAGCAGUCCUGAUGGAAAUGCCGUGGGGAACCUCAGCUCAGAUUGGACCACUGCUGGAGCUCUACAGAUUUCCACAGGUAACUUUUGGCUCAUUUGAUCCUACCCUGAUGGACACUGACCAGUAUCCUUCACUCCAUCAAGUGGCCCCAAAGGACACAUAUUUGGCCCUUGCCAUGGUGUCAUUGAUGCUUUAUUUUCACUGGACCUGGGUGGGCCUGCUCAUCACAGAAGGCCAUAAGGGUCUUCAGUUUCUCUCAGAUGUAAGAGCUGAGAUGGACAGGAACAAAGUCUGUGUAGCCUUUGUAAAAAUAGUGUCAACUUUGGGUGUGUCUUAUCUCUUAGCCGUAAAGAAACAUGAAAUCCUGACCACAGAUACAUCAUCUGCCAAUGUGGUGGUCAUUUACUAUGACACUGAUAAUUCAAAUGAGGUAAAUUAUAACAUCGUGCAAAGUUUAGUGACAUGGAAAGUCUGGGUGACAAACUCCCAAUGGCAUGCUGACCUGGCUGGGAGAGAUUUCAUACUGGAUCCAUUCCAUGGGAUUCUUAUUUUUUCACACCAUCACGAAGAGAUUGCAGGGUUCGAUACUUUUGUCCAGGAAGCUAGUCCUUUCAAAUACCCAGAGGACACUUACCUUGUUAUGUAUUGGUAUAAGAAUUUUGAUUGCUUAUUUUCUGCAUCUGACUGUGCCUUGAAGAACUGUACACCCAAUGCCUCUAUGGCUUGGUUGCCUCCAAAUCGUUUUGACACAGACAUCAGUGAUCGGAGCUUUAAUAUAUACAAUGCUGUGUACUCCGUAGCCCAUGCUAUUCAUGCGAUGUUUUACGAAGAAGUGCAAAGGCCACCACUGAGUGAUAGAAAAAUGAUGUUUUCCCCCUGGCAGCUGCAUUCCUUUCUGAAGUACAUCCAAUUUAACAAUUCUGCUGGAGACCAGGUGAACUUGGAUCAUAGAAGGAAACUGGACUUAGAGUAUGACAUUCUCAAUUUUUGGAAUUUUCCAGAAGGCCUUAGACUGAAGGUUAAACUAGGCACAUUUUCUUCACGUGCUCCCGAUAGCCAAAACCUGACUUUGUCUGAGGAUAUGAUAGAGUGGGCCACAGGAGUUACAGAGACGCCCCACUCAGUGUGCAGUGAAAGUUGCAAUCCUGGAUUCAGAAAAAGCGCUCUGGAGGGAAAGGCUGCCUGCUGUUUCCAUUGCACCUCUUGUGCAGAGAACGAGAUCACCAAUGUCACAGAUAUGGAGCACUGUGUGAAGUGUCCAGAUGCUCAGUAUGCCAACAUGCAGAGAAACCAGUGCCUGCGAAAAGCUGAGAAUUUUCUGGCUUACAAGGACCCCCUGGGGAAGGUUCUGGCUGGCAUUGCCCUGACUCUCACUGUCCUCACAGCUUCUGUGCUUGGCCUAUUUGUGAAGCACCGAGACACUCCCAUUGUCAAGGCUAACAACCAGGCCCUGAGUUACACCCUACUCAUCUCCCUCACCUGCUGUUUCCUCUGCUCCUUACUCUUCAUCGGCCGGCCCAACACAGCCACCUGCAUCCUGCAGCAGACCACAUUUGGAGUCGUGUUCACUGUGGCUGUUUCCACUGUCUUGGCAAAAACUGUUACUGUGGUGCUGGCCUUUAAGGUCACUGGUCCAGGCAGGAAGAUGAGACAGUGGCUGGUUUCAGGGGCACCAAACUACAUCAUUCCCAUCUGCUCCCUGAUCCAACUCACUCUCUGUGGCAUCUGGAUGGGGACAAAUCCACCCUACAUUGACACAGAUGCUCACUCUGAGCAUGGCCACAUCAUCAUCAUGUGCAACAAGGGCUCCCUCACUGCCUUCUACUGUGUCCUGGGAUACUUGGGCUCCCUGGCCCUGGUGAGCUUCACUGUGGCUUUCCUGGCCAGGAACCUGCCUGACACCUUCAAUGAAGCCAAGUUCCUGACCUUCAGCAUGCUGGUGUUCUGCAGUGUGUGGCUCACCUUCCUGCCAGUGUACCACAACAGCAAGGGGAAGGCCAUGGUGGCCAUGGAGGUCUUCUCCAUCUUGGCCUCCAGUGCAGGGCUGCUGGACUGCAUCUUUGUGCCCAAGUGCUACAUUAUUAUUUUACGACCAGAGAGAAAUUCUCUUUCUGGAUUCAAAAGUAAAACACAUUCUGGAGCAAAAACAUCUUAA